GAGCCAAUGAUAGUGUUGUGGGCGGGGCGAUACAUAACCACGCCCCAAACGCGUCUCGAGGCGAACGAGUGCAGUGCUGAGAGUUUGAGCGGAUGAAGAUGGUCGCUGAUAGUAACUGAAAUCGUAUAUUAUGACUGAAUCGAGUUAAAAUUACGGAGCAUCGUCGAGGGAUGCUGUAUGGAGACACACGUCGUCGAUUCUAGAAAACCAAAACGCCAGAUGCAGAUCAAGUGCUUUUAGCCUGUUUGCCACACAUCAGUUCACACCUGCAGUGAAGCCACAGACUCCAACGUCAGUUCACCAGUAAAUGCUGGGAAUAUUUGAUCAUCAAACUCCAGGUGUGACAAAUGAAAUGUGUGUGAGAUACUAUGGAAAAGAUUCAAAAAGGAGAGCGAGGACAUGAUUUUUUUUUUAAAUCCAUGCAGUAAGAUACAUGAAAUACUGAAAAACAAAGAGACCAAAUGGACGACCAAGCGCAGUCAAGAGCUGAAUGACAUCAAGAACCAUGAUCACAAAAAAGAAUUUAUCACAAAACAGAAGAGCUACAAAGACCAACAAACCUUUUACUUGCCCUGAGUGUGGAAAGAGUUUCACACUAAAAGGAAGCUUUAAAAAGCACCAACUAAUUCAUAAAGGUGAGAAGCUUCACAAAUGCCCUCAAUGUGGAAAGAGUUUUACACUAAAAAGCCACCUUAACAGACACAUAAGAAUACACACUGGAGAGAAACCUUACUCAUGUCGUCAGUGUGGAAAGAGUUUUUCACAAAAGAUUCAUCUCAGUCGUCAUCUGCGCUGUCAUGAAGAGACACUCAGCUGUGAUCAGUGUGGCAAGAAGUUUAGAUCCUCAUCCUAUCUCAACAAACACCAGACAGUUCACGCAGUUGAGAGGCCGUACUUGUGUCCGGUGUGUGGAAAGAGUUUUUCACGGCUGGCCAACUGCAAGAAGCACCAGAAGAUCCAUUCUUCUGAGAAAAAGCAUGCUUGUGUUGAGUGUGAAAAGACCUUCAUUACACCUGAAUAUCUGCGAAAGCAUCAGAAAACUCACACUACAGAAAGACCCUUCACCUGCUCUCAAUGUGGUUAUAGCUUCAGAGAGAAAAUCCACCUUAACAAGCACAUGAGGAUUCACACUGGAGAGAAGCCGCACACGUGCCAUCAGUGUGGGAAGAGCUUCAUACAGUUGUCAGGUCUCCGUUAUCAUAUGAAUCUUCACUCUGGAGAAAAACCAUAUAAUUGUGAUCAGUGUGGUAAAACGUUUACAUCGUCAUCACUUCUAAAAAGCCACCUGUUGGUGCACACGGAUGAGAGGCUUCAUAAAUGCUCUUUGUGUGGAAAGAGUUUUCCACGGCUGGACUCUUUGAAACAGCACCAAAAACUCCACAAUGCUGUGCGGGAUCACAUGUGUUUUGAGUGUGGGAAGAGCUUUACAGCAGCAAGUCAUUUGAAGCAGCACCACAGGAUUCACACUGGAGAAAAACCAUUCAGCUGCACGCAGUGUGGAAGGAGUUUCACUCAAAAAAGCCACUUAAACAAACACAUACAAACACAUGGGUCACUACCAAAUAAUCUGAAGUUCUGAAGUUCUUUUUUUUUUUUUUUUUUUACAUGGUUGUUCAAAUAAAGUUGCUAUGA